AGGAAAGAUUAUUACCGUGAAAAGCUGUGUUGCAUCGUUGGUUUCCCUUGAAUGGAUGUAAAUUAUCGUGAUUUAUUUGUAGUUUAAGUGGUUUCCAUUGUUUUGGCAGAUUGAGAGGUUGUAGCAAAUGAAUUUAAUUUUAUGACAAUAAGUUUAAAAAGGAUCUUUGGGUGGCUGAUCUUCAAUUAGAAGAAACAAAGGAUUAACAAGAUGGCGAAUAAUACAACAGCACCAUUGGGUACGUCAGGAUGUAUGACAAUAGAUGUGUACAACUACACCUGCUCAAAUGCUAUGAUCUUACCCAUAAUCAACGAAUACACAUGGUCAGCAGGGACUAGAACCUUUUUGUAUUUGAUUGCUAUGCUAUGGUGCUUUCUCGGGGUGGCCUUGAUUGCCGAUGUUUUCAUGUGUUCUAUUGAGAAGAUUACAUCAAAAACUGCGAAGGUGAGAAUUCCGGACCAAAACGAACCGGACGGAUUUAAAAUGAUUGAAGUGAAAGUCUGGAAUGAUACAGUUGCGAAUCUUAGUCUGUUGGCGCUUGGAACCAGCGCUCCUGAAAUAUUACUGUCGGUCAUAGAAAUAGUCGGCAGGAAGUUUGAAGCCGGAGAACUGGGACCCGGCACCAUUGUAGGGUCAGCGGCUUUUAAUCUGUUGGUUAUAUCAGCGAUAUGCAUCUUCUCCAUCCCAGAUGGAGAGACACGCAGAAUUGCCAAUAUGCGAGUUUUUGGAUUAACAACUUUUAGCUGUAUUUGGGCCUAUGUCUGGCUAUCGCUUGUCAUUCUAGUAAUUUCUCCAGGGGUGGUGGAUAUUGUGGAAGCCAUCCUCACUUUCUUAAUGUUUCCUGCACUCAUUAUUGGAGCAUAUCUCAUUGACAAGAGACCUUGCAUGAAGAAAGAAGAAGCUGUCGAAAACGGAAUGGUUGGAAUUUCUUUGGAGGGUUAUGCAAAUGAACCGUUGACAACAGCCCAAUCCGCAGACAUAGCCAUUAUACCUAAAGAAGAGAAAAAGCCGGAAGUCACUGAAGAAGAGAACCGUGAAUCGAAUAAAAAACUUCUGAAGCUGGCAAAGGAACUCGGCCACGAGUCUCUGGACCAGGGCAUACCACCAGAGGAGGCCGCCAAAAUUGUGGCAGCCAAGCUGACUGAAAAAGAGCACCACAGCCGGAUGUGGUACCGAAUCAACGCCACCAGAAACAUGUCAGGUGGCAAGAAGCUAGUGCCUCAGGUCUUCUCAGCAUUCAAAGAUCUGUACGAUCACACGCAGUUACCCGAGGAAGAAAAAGCCGAUAGUAAAAUGGCAGUGAUGACUAAAGAUCACACAGCAGGAGGAACGAAGGCCGUGGUCGAGUUCACUGCGGCCACCGUGUCAGUCUUGGAGAGCGAAAAGAAAGUUCGCAUUGGCAUAAGAAGAUAUGGCAAAAUGGACACCCCUGCCACAGUCCGUGUGGAGACUAUAAAUGGUACGGCCACAGCACCAGAGGACUACAUUCACCUAGAGGAGGAUGUCCAUUUUGCCAACAACGAGGCUCUCCGUCAGCUGUAUGUUGAAAUCAUUGAUGAUAACGAGUGGGAACCAGACGAGUUUUUCUUUGUCAAACUGUCCCUUCCUGAGGCAGAAGAAAAUGAAGACAUCGUCCUCGGCAAUAUCUCCAUCACACAAGUUACUAUCAUCAAUGAUGACGAACCUGGAAAGCUGGAAUUUGCCAAACCCAGCAUCAUUGCAAAGGAGAGCAGCAGACGUGUUCGAAUUCCAGUCAAUCGUAUUAAUGGCGCCGAUGGUCACGUGUCUGUUGCCUGGAAAACACGUGAUAUCACUGCCAUCAGUGGAAAAGACUAUGCAGGUGGAGAGGGGGUGCUGAAGUUUGAUCAUGGAGAGACUUGUCGUACAAUCGAUAUAGAGAUAUAUGACAGCAUGAAACCAGAAAGGGACGAAAGUUUUCAAGUGGAACUCGGAGAAUGCGAUGGUGGAGCAGAGCUUGCUAAAAUAAGGAAAACAAUAAUUACUAUCGUCAAUGAUGAAGAAUUUAACGGUUUGGUGAGUAGGAUAGUCAACUUGACAAAAGCUAAUAUGGACGCUCUUCAGCUGGAGGAUUCUACUUGGGUAACUCAAAUGAAAAACGCCAUGAACGUCAAUGGCGGGGACAUAGAGAAUGCUACCUUCAUCGACUAUUUACUGCAUUUCCUAACUUUUUUCUGGAAAAUCCUUUUUGCGUUGGUGCCACCCCCAAAGUAUCUCGGCGGAUGGCCUGCCUUUAUCUGUUCUCUUUCCGUUAUUGGUAUAAUGACCGCUAUUAUUGGAGAUCUCGCGAGUUUGUUUGGAUGUCUCGUAAACUUAAAAGACAGCAUCACUGCCAUUACUUUUGUUGCCUUGGGAACCAGUAUGCCAGAUACCUUUGCCAGUAAACAAGCUGCCGUAGGGGAGAAGACAGCCGACAGCUCAGUGGGAAAUAUCAACGGAAGUAACUCUGUUAACGUUUUUCUGGGUCUGGGUUUACCCUGGUUGAUGGCCACAAUUUACCACAUGUCACAAGGGACAGUAUUCAAAGUCCCACCAGGAUCUCUUGGAUUUUCCGUUAUUCUCUACACAGCUUGUGCUAUAGUUGCCGUUAUUUUGCUGUUAGCUCGGAGAUUCCUCAAGCCUUUCGGACAAGCAGAACUAGGAGGACCGAAAGGGAUGAAGAUCUUGAGUGCAUUAAUCAUGGUGUCGUUAUGGGUUUUCUAUAUUUUAUUUUCGGCUUUAAAUGCUCUGGGAGUUAUUAACGUUCAGAUUGGUUAAAUAUUUUUUAAAAAUUUAAAUUUAGAACUCAGAAAAAUAUUAUAGUGUACUUAAUGGAAAACAGAGUGGCAUUAGACUUAUUCUAGGUUAAUAACUAAAAUAAAACAAUUUUACCUGAUUUCAGUAUCAACUUUCUUUUUUUUACUUUUUAACUUUUGUAACGAAAUUCUCGUUUUUUUCCUUCAUUGUACUUAGCUUAGUAUUUAAUCUUAAUUUGUAGUUAAAAGGAAUAUUACCGGCGUACUUUUCAUAUCGUUCAUUAACGUGAUAUUGUUUUUAAUUCCAUCUCUUGGUAGGGUAUUUCCAGACUUAUUAUUGUUUAAGUAGAAUAAUCUUGUAGGCUUAUACAUGACCUGAUACUAAAAGCGUAUUUACAUGCUAUAUUUUCUACUUUUUCUAAAGCAAUUUUUUUUGCUUUUAUACAAAUAUACUUUGUUUAUAUUUUUAUAACUCUUUUUUAUUUUGCUUGCCUGUUUUGAUGUCUACGUGUAUGUCUUCAGUAUUUCAUUGAAAUUUCAAAGAUUAUGUUAAAAAACUAAACUAUUUUCCUAUUUUUGAAAAUUGGCUGUGAUUUUACAUUUGACUAUUUUUGUGAUUUUUUUUAAUAUUAAAAGCCAUGAUAUAAAGACAUGAACUUAAACUGUGACAAUGUAGAUACAUGUAUACUGGUUUUGCAGCUAAAAAGAUCUGCAUGUACAUAUAAAUGUUACGUACCAUUUAAUGUAUGUAAAUCUAUCUCUGAAUAAGCUCUUUGUACAGUGUAUUUUUAUAAGUGAUAUUAAAUGAUAAUACUUGUAGAUUAUGAUAAUGUUAAUAUGUAUAUAAUUGUAAAAUAAAUUGUUCUAAUGAA